UCAAUAAAAGAAAAAAUUCAAUAUUUUGUACACAUUACAAAACUGAAAAUAUAAAUAGAAAAUGAGUGGAAAAACACAUACAUCAGGUGUUGUUGAUCCAGUACAGGAAGAAUUAGCAGGUAGAGUACGGGAAGUAGGAAAUCAUGCAAUUUGGAGUUUAUCAAGUUGUAAACCAGGUUUUGGUGUUGACCAACUUAGAGAUGAUAUUACAGAAACAUAUUGGCAAUCUGAUGGACAAUUACCUCAUCUUGUAAAUAUUCAAUUUCGUAGAAAAACAACAAUUCGUGAUAUUUGCAUUUAUACAGAUUAUAAGCUUGAUGAAAGUUAUACCCCAAGUAGAAUUAGCGUUAGAGCUGGAACAAAUUUUAAUGAUUUACAGGAGGUUGAAGUCAUGGAUCUAAGUGAACCGAGUGGUUGGGUAGUAAUACCAAUAAGAGAUGAUAGUGAAAGACCAAUUAGAACAUUUAUGAUUCAAGUUGCAGUCAUUAGUAAUCAUCAAAAUGGACGAGAUACUCAUAUGAGACAAAUAAAAGUACAUAGUCCAGCUGAAGAUAUUCUUGGACCACACUCCCAGUUAAUUCCUGGACAUUUUCUUACAAAUGAAUUUCAAAGAUAUGCUAUAAUAAGAUAGAAUUUAUAAUAAAAUAUA